AGAAUAACUUAUCAUUCGUUUUUUGAAACUGCAAUGAAGUGGUUUAGCUUUCAGCUCACUUUCUUGUUAAGUGUUAAUUUUUCUCAAAUUAUUUGUUUGGAAGAAUCAGAGAACCAUGCCAAAUCCUUUAUAUAUAGCACUUCAGUAAUGAGCAUGGUUAAAAUUUUAGAAUUGGAAGAGUCUUUAAAAAGGAAUCUAGAUGUAUACGUUGAGGAAAUGCAAUACAAACUGGAUCUCAUUAAAGGGUUUCAAGAAUCCAUAAAGAGAGACAAGUUCAGGACUCUAGAAGAGAAAGAAGAUUAUAUGGGCAAUCCUUUAAACUCUUAUCCCUUGCUAAGGCGUCUAAAUCAGGACUGGCCCAAAUGGCUUCGAUAUCUCAAACUUGGUAUAUCUUCCAAAAACACCAAAGAAAUAGAGACUCUACUGAAGUCUUCACCAAGUGCCGAAGAUCUUCAAGUGGCUGUCAAGGGAAUGACACGUAUAGAACAAUUUUACAAUCAACAUGCAGAGGAUCUAACAAAAGGUUUUCUUCUGGGUAGAAAGUUUGAAGCCCAACUGAACUCGCCAGACUGUGUGGCUUUGGGAGACUUUUAUUAUAACCAAACCCAAUACGCGGAAUCAACGCACUGGUACCGCAUGGCAUUAAGACUUCACAAGUCCUCCGAAGGAAAGAUAUAUGAUAAAGUUUUGCACUUAAAAAGGAAAAGAAUCUACAAAAAAUAUGCCAAAGCCAUGGUACAAGAAUCCUUAAAUUUGGACAAGAAGAAAUCUAUUGCUCAAAAUUUUCCCGAACUUGAAGUCAUGGCAAAGCAGGUGACAAAAGAAGACAACUAUGAGAAUAUAAAAAGGGUAAUCGAUGAACUGUUGACUGGCGAGGAGUAUAUAUUCCAAGAGGAAGCUGCCAGAAAUAAACGUAAGCCCUCAAGUUUGGAACUAGGCUGUCGAGGAAAGUGGCCCAAACCCAAGCCCUCACCGACCUUAACCUGCAGAUAUAUCAGAGAAACGCAUGAUUUUUUAAAACUGGCGCCCUUGAAAAUGGAGUAUUUAAACGUCCAACCCUUGAUAGUUCUUUAUCACGAAGUCCUUUACGAAAGCGAGUUCAAAGCUCUGCGGGAUUUUGCCAUUUUUAAUGCCACCAUGACGGAUGGUUGGACAUAUGUGGAUUUUGACCAAAAGGGAAAGCCCCUACCGCAGAAUCGAGUGGUUAAAUCUAUUUCCUUUCAAGGAACCUCGUCAUACUCUCUCGGUAUUAAUAAUCGAAUCGCGGAUAUGACUGGUCUGAAUAUGGAAGAGAAUAAGGUCCUAUAUCUGACCAAUUACGGUUUGGGUGGACACUUUGGUAAGCAUGUUGACUAUGUUGAGUUGGCCAGGCGUCCACCCGAUUUCUUUAAGGAUUACGGAGGCGAUCGUAUUGCCACAGCUCUUUUGUAUGCCAGUGAAGUUCCUUUGGGCGGCACCACCGUCUUCACCAAAUUAAAGUUAUCCAUAACACCAAAGAAAGGGAAUGCCCUUGUCUGGUUCAACUUGAAUAAUGCUGGAGAUCCUGAUCCGAUGAGCGAGCACUCUGUCUGCCCCUUAGUGCUGGGCUCCCGAUGGACCAUUUCGAAGUGGAUACACGAACGCCAGCAAGUUUUCAAGAAGCCCUGCUUUGCCUAGUCCUAUGUAGAAUGUAUCACUCUAUUAGAGCCUCCAUUAGGGUGGGGGCAUCUCUAAAUAAAUAGCCAUCGCCCGAGGCGAGGACAAUGUC